UUUUUAACUUGAAUUGUGUUGUCCAAUGAGCGCACCCGAAUGCGGACGUGUUCCGUUUCCAUCCAAUGGAAUCGCGACUUACCCGUGACGUCACCAGGAGGCGUCAUAAACGUCCCGGAAAAACAACAAAACAACAAUUCAGAGCACGUGGCGUGAGUCGGGGUGAUUUUUUUCAGUAGCACACACACAUUAAAUAACACUUUGGACCGGAAACACGGCUAAUAGACAUUAAGUCACUUCCGUUCGGAGGGUUAAACUCAUGUUAACAGUGUAAAGCUGAACUUUGACCGUCCGUCAUGGCGCUCGUUGUAGCAGCCUGGUGUUUUCUCGGGAUUUGUCUCAACACAGCGGCCGAAGAUCUGUUUUACACGGCUGCAGUGUAUGAACACCGGGUUCUCCUCAACCCGGAUCCGAAACAGAUCGUGGGACGGAGAUCCGCGCUGAAGCACAUGAACCGGAACCUGGAUGUGUUGGAAGAUCAGGCCACUUCCGCUGCACAGCAGGGAGCGCAGAUCCUGGUGUUUCCAGAAGACGCCAUUCAUGGAUUCAACUACAGCAGAGAGUCGAUAGCUGCGUACCUGGAGACGGUGCCGGACCCCGGAGCGGUGACGUGGAGCCCGUGUGCAGACCCAGACAAAUUCCCAAACACAGAGGUCCUGCAUCGUUUGAGCUGCAUGGCCCAGAAGAACGGUCUCUUCCUGGUGGCGAACAUGGCCGACUGCCAGCCCUGCAACAGGACAGUCGACCCGCGGUGUCCAGCUGACGGUCGCUACCAGUUUAACACGGACGUCGUGUUUAGCGCUAACGGCACCAUCGUGGCCAGAUACCACAAACAGAACCUGUACUUCGAGGCAGCCUUCGACAUGCCUCCUGAGUGCGAGUAUGUGACGUUUGCUACUCCGUUCGCCGGCCGCUUUGGGGUCUUCACUUGUUUUGAUAUAUUAUUCCGGGAACCGGCUGUGACCCUGGUCAAAGACAUGGGCAUCAGGCAGUUUGUGUAUCCUACAGCAUGGAUGAACCAGCUCCCCCUGCUGGCCGCUGUGCAGUUUCAGCGUUCCUUUUCUUAUUCAGCCGGUGUCACUUUGCUGGCAGCGAACAUCCGCUCAGCCGCUUUGGGUAUGACCGGGAGCGGGAUUUUUACGCCCUGGGACGCGCUUUAUCAUCACGACACGGAGGGGGAAGCUGGAAAACUGCUGGUGCUCAAAGUGCCGGUCUUGGAUCCCAUAAUGCUCAGGGAUGACCCGGAAAGCACUAGACUGAAGUUAGUUCCUUUCUCAGGCUUUCCCAAAGCAAGUCCAAGCGAGGACACGAAGUUUAGACUCCUCCAGAAAGGAGAAUCCGACCCCGAAUUUUGCCAAAAAGAAGAUUCCAGCUGUAACCCCUGGUCCGUCCCGUUUACCUCCACAAUGAUGUAUGAUAAAUUCUCACUCGUACCCCUACACGGCAGAGAAGGCAAUCUUAGCGUAUGCGACGGCUCGUUCUGCUGCCACUUGCUCUUCCGGAGGGCGGAAUCCACCCGUGAGGAAGAGCUCUAUGCGCUGGGGGCAUUUAAAGGCCUCCACGUGGUCCACGGGAUGUACUACCUCGAGGUGUGCGCUUUAGUUCUCUGCACAGGGCUCCAUCAGGAAAGCUGUGGAGGAGAGACCGAGCAGGCGCACACUCCCAUCGACUUUCACCUUCGUGCAGCAUUUGGCACAGAGCACGUGUACGCCGGCGUCCUGGGCAGCGGCGUGAACCCGGAACGACCGGACGAAUCCGGCUGGGAAAACGGCAGCUUUUAUAUGAGCCGGAAAGGAAUGAGCAGCGGCCUGUUGACCGCCAUGCUGUACGGCAGAGUGUACGAGAAAGACGGCCAAUAGCAUUCUUUUUCUUUUAGCAUCGUUCUCUAGUUGCUUUGGAGCGUUUCUCAGAUCAGAAAUGAAAUUCUCAAAACGACUUGUUUAACCUCCACAUCCUUUGUUGCUUUGAACAAAUUGUAAAUGCUUUACAUUCGUUUAAUCGAUUGUGUAAGAGUGUCUGCUGUUUCCUACAUUACCAGGUGUUUAUGUUCAUGUUGAUCAAAAUAUAUUAUACUGGUUCUCACCUGAAGAGUUUUAACCCCCAAAACAUCUCAGCAUCAGUAUAUUGAAUGCAAAAUGGUUAAACCAGUUAUCAUCUUUCAUCAAGCUUAAAUUUCUAUUACAUUUUGUUGUCUUGAUUUGAUGAAUUGUGCAGACGAACCUUAAAUGUCACUUAUGCAGGCGAGUGAACGGCGUCAGAUCUUGUUCUCUAAAAUAGAGAUUCCAAAAUCUCUAUUGGCGACAAAACAAUUACAAUUUCGGAAAAUGAAUAAACCAGUAAACGAGUGAACACUAAUACAGUACAGUAAAAGUGUGAAUCCUGUUCGGUCUCUUGCAAUCAACAUCCCACGUACAGUAAUGUGUUUAUUUGUGCUGUUGAAGCUCAGAGACGCCGUACAGAAAAAUUCAGCCUCUGUGCAUUUUCAGUCAUUGUAACCCAAACCCUAGUUUACAUCAGGAAACGCUGAAACCCUGCACAGUCAUACUGACAACAUGCCUGAACUUUUUGAGGGAUGAACUGAGGAUUUUGAGAAAAAUACAGGUUUUUGCAAGGAAUCUAUUCUGUUGUGCUGUUUGUACACAUUGUUUUGAGAAAUGCUCUUACUGCUUUGCAAAUAUUACGGAUGAUUCCAGAAAUGCAGAAAUUUUACAGAUACUGAUAGCUGGGUUGGAUUGUACUUACCGUUCACCAAUGAAUAGUUACUGGAUUCUGGAUUAAAAAACAAACAAAAAUCCCCCAUAAAAUAGCACUGAGCUUGAUUACAAAAAUAAAAAAAAACAGUACUGAAUCAUAAAAAUGUGCUGGCGUGUAAAAACAAACAGCACGUGGUGUCAGUGAUUCGCCUCUAGAGGCCGCUCUCGUAAUGACAGCAGACCUUUUUAGCUGCAACCCGGAAAAACCGCCGGUACGAUAUUUUCAAUAAAAUACCAGUGCCGAUUAAUCAGUAAAACCGAUGAAUCUGUCGACCUCUACUUUCCAGCACUUGUUCGAGCUCUGAAGGCUAUACAGAAUAAUAUUUACUACAACUGAUUGUUUUUUGUAUGAGCAGGAAGCGGGCUACUCAGGGUGGAGUUUAUUUUUUCCAGAUCAACCUCAGGCACAGGUGUUCGAGCACCCAUUCCCAAAGCGCCCUUAUUGAGGUGUGAUGAAAAUAUUCAAGAUUUAUUAGUCUUCUUUUUUUUUUUCCAGCGAAGUCAGUUUUACCCUUUAUAAAAGGCUGCAGUUUAUUAAACAUGUACAUCACUCGCACACCUAAAUGCAGACCCACACUCACACACACACACACACACACACGCCUUUCCUCUAUUGCAAAUGUUACGAUUCACUGAAAGCCAGCACUCAGUGUGUAUAAACCCUGUCACAUCCAUAGCUGGUCAGACUUGGUGUGUAAGAAAUUCGUCACAAUGCCCUUUAAUGCUCCGCGGUUCUGAGAAAUCCGUCCGUCUCGCGUCUUCGGCGAGAACUUCGCGGCAGUCAGAGUCUCAGGUAAUCCUAGUAAUAAAUAAAUAAUAAUAAUUAAAAAACCCACAAACAAAGAAAAAAUACAAACUCAUGCUUUAUAAAGGGCAUCUUGGUCCCCUGGGUUACAUGAUUUUCUUCCCUUUCUCUUCUCCAGGCAGGGAUUGUUUCGAGGAGCUUCCACAGUAGUCGUUAUUAUUAUUAUUAUUAUUAUUAUUAUUAUUAUGAUGAGUGUGUAGAUGUUAAAUGCAUCAGAACGUAGGACUGGAAGAACUGAACCCAUGGGUGAUGGCGAACACAAUCCAGAUCAUGCUGUAACGACGACGAUCCACAACGUCCUGGUUUCUCCCACUCCUGCUCUUGAGACGCUUCCGAGACGUUUAAGGAAGCGAACUGUAGCUCGAAAGGAACGGAAUGAGAAACGUGCCACUACAAUCAGAAUUGAUUCAAAUUAAAUAAAAAUCUAGUCAAAUUUCUAAUUCUGUGUGUGUAAUUGCGUUUAAUUGUAACACGGAGGAUUUAACAUUUUGGAACCUAUGAUGGCGUUUUAGCGCUACGUAAAGAAAAUAAUAAUACAAAAAAUUUAAAAUAACGAUUAUGAGAAUGAAGUCGUCACAAUACGAGAAUAUUCUUGUAGCGCUACGACUUUAAAGUCGAAAUAAGGAGAAUAAAGUUGAAAUUACGAGAAUUUUUUUUCUCAAAUUUAAAACCAAUUUUGGAACAGCAAUUCCCUUUUUUAUUCGAUUUGGAAAGGCUCGAGUGCCGCCAUCCGAGGUAGGAGGUGAGAUGUUGCUAUACGGAAAAAAUGUACUUUAAUAUUGAAAUGAAACGGAAUUUCCCAUCGAAUGUCGUUUUGAAGGUGAAAAA